UUUGGCAUUUCAGUUCCAUUUUUAUGGGUUGAAAGCCAUGAUUCAUGCUUGCAUAUUUGUCGUUUAGUUGAAAAAGAAGAAAGAACAAAACUGACUUUAUCGUUCUUCUUUACAGGAGGUUCGCCGCCGCCACCCGCGACCCCUCCCGUGCCUACCACUCCUGGGAAGAUUGUAUUUGGAUGCGACUUCGAUAGCGAUCAGUGCGGAUUCGUUCAAUCAUUGAACGACAAGUUUGACUGGACUUUUAAAUCAGGAUCGACACCAUCUUUUCAAACUGGACCAACAAAGGAUGUCUCUGGAUCAGGAAAAUACGCGUACAUCGAAACUUCUUCUCCGAGGGCAAAAGGAGACAAUGCACUGCUUGUUAAAGGUGGUUUGUCAUUCAGCUCUAAAAAGUGCUUGUCUUUCUACUAUCACAUGUACGGUGCAACGAUGGGGACACUUAACGUGUACGUUGGGCAAAAGCAGAUAUUUACGAAGACAGGUAACCAAGGAGAUCAGUGGAAACAAGCAAAGGUUGAAAUAACCGAACCUGGAGCCAGUGAGUUGAAAUUCGAAGGAAUAAGAGGAAGCAGUUACACUGGCGAUGCUGCUAUAGACAAUGUGGUGCUGAAGGAAUGUGGCGGCGGUGGAGGCGGAGGAGGAGGAGGAUGUGGUUCAACUGUUGCUCCACCUGCCACGACAGCCGCACCUACACCACCAGCACCAACGACUACAGCACCACCAGUAGCCUUUGGCUGCAACUUUGAUAAAUCCAUGUGCGGAUUUCUUCAGGACAAAAAUGACAAGUUUGAUUGGACUCGAAAUAAAGGAGGCACUCCAUCUACUGGUACGGGACCAUCCGCUGACCACACCACCGGAACUGGAUACUUCAUGUACACGGAAACAUCAAGUCCUCGACAGCAAGGUGACAAUGCAAAACUAAAUAGCCCCAAGCUGCAAUUCAGCGGGAACAUGUGUCUUCAGUUCUUUUAUCACAUGUAUGGUUCAACCAUGGGGACAUUAAACGUGGAAGUAAAUGGAGUAAACGUGUUCAGUAAAAGUGGAGACCAAGGCAAAAUUUGGCAUGAAGCGAAAAAAGAUGUAAAUUUAUCGGGAAUGUUCACGGUUACAUUUGAGGGAAUAACGGGAACAAGUUGGAAGGGUGACAUAGCAAUAGACGAUUUCCUGUUAACCCCAGGGAGAUGUUUAUCAAUAACUCCGCCACCUCCAACAACACCCGGUUCCCCACCCCCACCAGGUUCUUGCGGCAUCCGCCCACCUACCAGGAUUGUCGGUGGUGUCGACGCUAAGCGUGGUGACUGGCCGUGGCAAGUUCAGUUACGUACCACUUCCGGUUUUCCUUACUGCGGAGGUUCCUUGGUGUCAAAUCAGUGGGUGGUCACAGCCACUCACUGUGUCAGAGGAAAACAACCCAGCUCUAUAAUCAUAAGGUCCACGACAGCCGCACCUACACCACCAGCACCAACGACUACAGCUCCACCAGUAGCCUUUGGUUGCAACUUUGAUACAUCCAUGUGCGGAUUUCUUCAGGACAAAAAUGACAAGUUUGAUUGGACUCGAAAUAAAGGAGGCACUCCGUCUACUGGUACGGGACCAUCCACUGACCACACCAACGGAAAUGGAUACUACAUGUACACGGAAACAUCAAGUCCUCGACGGCAAGGUGACAAUGCAAAACUAAAUAGCCCCAAGCUGCAAUUCAGCGGGAGCAUGUGUCUUCAGUUCUUUUAUCACAUGUAUGGUUCAGCCGUGGGGACAUUUAAUGUGGAAGUAAAUGGAGUAAACGUGUUCAGUAAAAGUGGAGACCAAGGCAACAUUUGGCAUGAAGUGAAAAAAGAUGUAAAUUUAUCGGGAAUGUACACGGUCACAUUUGAAGGGAUAAGGGGAACAAGUUGGCAGGGUGACAUAGCAAUAGACGAUUUCCUGUUAACCCCAGGAAGAUGUUCAUCAAUAAGUCCGCCACCUCCAACCACACCCGGUUCCCCACCCCCACCAAGUUCAACUGUUGCUCCACCUGCCACGACAGCCGCACCUACACCACCAGCACCAACGACUACAGCUCCACCAGUAGCCUUUGGCUGCAACUUUGAUAAAUCCAUGUGCGGAUUUCUUCAGGACAAAAAUGACAAGUUUGAUUGGACUCGAAAUAAAGGAGGCACUCCAUCUACUGGUACGGGACCAUCCGCUGACCACACCACCGGAACUGGAUACUUCAUGUACACGGAAACAUCAAGUCCUCGACAGCAAGGUGACAAUGCAAAACUAAAUAGCCCCAAGCUGCAAUUCAGCGGGAACAUGUGUCUUCAGUUCUUUUAUCACAUGUAUGGUUCAACCAUGGGGACAUUAAACGUGGAAGUAAAUGGAGUAAACGUGUUCAGUAAAAGUGGAGACCAAGGCAAAAUUUGGCAUGAAGCGAAAAAAGAUGUAAAUUUAUCGGGAAUGUUCACGGUUACAUUUGAGGGAAUAACGGGAACAAGUUGGAAGGGUGACAUAGCAAUAGACGAUUUCCUGUUAACCCCAGGGAGAUGUUUAUCAAUAACUCCGCCACCUCCAACAACACCCGGUUCCCCACCCCCACCAGGUUCUUGCGGCAUCCGCCCACCUACCAGGAUUGUCGGUGGUGUCGACGCUAAGCGUGGUGACUGGCCGUGGCAAGUUCAGUUACGUACCACUUCCGGUUUUCCUUACUGCGGAGGUUCCUUGGUGUCAAAUCAGUGGGUGGUCACAGCCACUCACUGUGUCAGAGGAAAACAACCCAGCUCUAUAAUCAUAAGACUUGGCGCCCACCAUCGUACUAACACUGAUGGAAAUGUGCAGGACAUCAAAGUAAGCAAAGUUAUAACUCAUCCAUCGUAUCACAAACCGACAACGUACAGUCACGAUAUUGCAGUACUCAAACUGGAAAAAAAAGCUCAAUUAAACAGGUACGUAAAUCUGGUAUGUCUUCCCCAAUCUGUCCCCGCACCAACAGACGGUACCAAGUGCUGGAUCACGGGUUGGGGCAGACUUGCUUCCGGUGGAGCCACUCCAAACAUUCUUCAACAGGUUCAAGUUCCAGUGGUCAGUCGCGCCCGAUGUGAUAAAGCCUACCCAAAAAAGAUCCAUGACUCCAUGAUCUGCGCGGGCCUGGACCAGGGUGGAAUUGACUCCUGUCAGGGGGAUAGUGGAGGACCGAUGGUGUGUGAGACUGGUGGGAGGUAUUAUCUUCAUGGCGCCACCAGCUGGGGCUAUGGAUGUGCUUCUCCUGGGAAGUUUGGUGUCUACGCCAAAGUGAAAUACCUGUUGAGCUGGAUCGUUGGCGAAAUGUCUAAGAACUAACCAAACCCUACCGCCAUGGUUCUUUAGUGAUAAUCGAGUUAGAUCUUAAUUCUUUCUUCUUGCAGAUGUUGAAGAAAAUAGUGGAAAUUUGUGGGAAUAAUUAAUAAAGGCGUUGAAAAGAUAAUUA